AUGCUCGCUGGCCACCUUGAAUCUUCAACCCACUUUUCCUCAAACUUCGCGACAACCACCUUAGGAAUGGACGGCAAGAUCAGCUGCGAAGCUUUAAUGCAAUUCACUGGUCUAGAUCAGGAAUCAACGAUGACACAGAUAUUGCCAUACCUGAAGAGUAUGAAGACCAGGGCUGAGAUAGAGGAAUACCUCGGCAGCUUGAUUGGGCAAGGUCAAAAGCAAACAACCUUUAUCCAGCGAUUUUCUGAUCAGCGGUUUCGGCCCAAUCCGACGGUCUCAAGAAAUCAGAACAAUCUCGAUUCCGCUUUCCCGUCAUUGCAAUCAACCCACAAGUCGUCCUCAUCCUCCAGUCUUCCAACUAUCUCUGCUACCCUCGGCCCAAGCUUUCCAAUCAAAAAUCGACCUGGAGGACCAUCGACCAAACAACCAAAGACCGAAUCUGGUGGUACAAGAACUCCCACGGUUGAUCCCAAGAUCUUGAACAACUUCGGCAACUCAGCGAACGUUUACAUGAAGAGUAGAGACUCGGAUGACUCGGUGACUAGAUUGUCAAAAAAAAAGAAUGCCAAGUCGAACCAUUCUGGAGCAGUGACCCCGGAACCUAGACUACUUGAAGCCGCUAACACUAAUAAUAGGAACACUCCCGAUCAAAUCAAAUCGAUGGAAGAACCGGUUGCCCAGACAGAUUCGAAAGCGGAUCUCCCGCCAGAUAUCGAUAUACCGAUAUCCGAAUUAUCCCCGUCAACUCUCAAGGAACUCUUACAACUUAAGAUCAUCUUAGACAGCUUUGAAUCGGAAGAGCCGACUCCAACCGGAAGCAUCCAAUGUUUUUGUGAAGCAAGAACUCACGGCUUACCCAUCGGUAGACUACCCAAGCAAUGUGCGACCUGUGGACUGAUCUACUGCAAAUUGAAACCUGCUCUCAGUGCUUGUCCCUCCUGUGGCGAGCAGACUCCUCUGUCAAAGAAUAUCGAUUUAAAGAACGCUGUCAGCAAAGAAUUUCUGGAGAAACGCCAACAUUUGAUCCGACUGGAAAUCGACAAAUAUCAGAAACGGAUGGCGUUGGAAGAGCUGAAAAAAGCGCAAGCGCACGAAGCUGAUCGCGCCUACCCCAGUCUCCCUUCCACCUCGACCUUAUCUCGCACUCACUCGUAUAACCAUCCACAACAACCAGCCGCGAAAUACUCCAGCCAGCUCAACCCCGCCAUCAACGGGAAAACAAAAAUCAUCAAGACCACAACCAAGAAAACUCUUGUUAAAGAUGGCAGUCUUCCUAAAGAGCAGACGCUCCUGACAGUCAAUCAAGGCUUCGAUCCUGCACUCUUUUUGGAUGAUGAUUGUCCGCCAGCAUACCUAGAUCCAUGCGACGAUCUCCUCACCUCUCACCCUUCCUUGUUCAUCGAACACAAGUCUUCCUCUUCUUCGGCCAUCCUUCCUGAUUACGUUCCUGUCAAGCCCUAUCAAGUUUAA